AUGGCUUCCAAAAACAUUACCAUUCCAGAAAGAAUCUCCUCGAAAUUCGUACUGGAGAAAAGUAUUCGACUGAGAGAGCGCAGAUCAGAGCUCAAGCGCAAACUUGCAUCGACAUCAUUCGAAUCUUCACCAAUCGCAUACCAGAAACUGAAGAUUGAAGAAAUCGAGACCGAAGUCGAUGAGGAGAAGCUCAACAGAUUGUCUCUUGACAUCGAGCAUGGAGAGAAAAAGUUGACUGACAACGACUACCGCAAGGCUCAGCGUAACACCAAUGUGCGCAUUAUCAGUCUGGGGGAGGAUCUGUGGCAGCACAAGCGAGGUCUCCGGGAGGAGGAAGAGAAGUCGGGAGUGAUACCACCAAUAGGGCCGGAUAUGCAAGGCGCUUUUGUGCACACUCUUCUUACACUUUGUAAAGAACCCAACACAUCAGCUAAGCGGUCUUCCAGCAAGCAGAGCGCCAUGAGAGAAUCUGCGAUCCAGGUUUAUGAGUCCAGGAAAGAUGCGCCAGAGGGAAAGCUUUGGUGCUCAAUCGCGCAGGAUUAUUUCAACGCCAAGCAAAUGAAAGCGGCACAUAUUGUCCCACGCAGAUUAGGUUCUGGUCUCGUCGAAUACCUCUUUGGACCAGGCUCAAGUUCUCGACUCCACACCUGGGAUAAUUGCCUCAUCCUCUGCAGUUUUGUUGAGGAAAGUUUUGGUAAUGGAAACUUUGUUUUGAUUCCAGCAUACCCGAAUGAAUCGCCCAUCAAAACCUGGAAGAUUCAACUCACCAACAUAGCGGCCAAUCUCGCCCAGCUGGAUGGCAAAAAUGUCCUCUUUAAGAAUGACUCCAGGCCGGCAGCGUGA